UUUUCGGCGGGGCGGCGGCGACAGUUAAAAUGAAGAGACCUCAAAAUUUUGCCGCCUCCACUUCGCAGGGAAGGAUUCGCAAGUUCGGCGAAUUGCACACUGCUGGAGAGAGGAGAUGCCAUGAUUCAGUCCUCCGCCGCCGCUAUUAUCUUGCCGUGCUUUCCAACCCAAUCCCCCUUCCACUUCCCUUCUAAGCCAGCGAGAGGAGGACACGUUGCGCCGCCGUUCAUUUCUAACCCUUCCGGCGCGCUCCAUGUCCGUUGCCGUUCCACAUCCUCUGUUCAGGCCAGAUUACCCGAGGAAGCUUCUUCAGUGCGUAAACAUAAUCAAGGUAUCGAGCCGAAUUUCCACCCUUUUCGGUCCUCGAACAGCAGCAGUACAGAGCGUGGUGAUGAUGAUGAUGAUGAUGAUGCCGAUUCCUUCGUCGACGUGGACAAUUUGCUCUACUUGCUUCGGUUCUCCACCAAAUACUCCGAUGUCGAACUUGUAAGAGCGGUGCACGCUUCAAUUCUCAAGAUUGAAGAAGACACUCAUCUGGGAAACGUUCUAAUCGGAGCUUACCUCAAGCUGGGCCUUGUUCUCGACGCGUAUCAGGUAUUCAAGAACCUUUCCGAGCCCAACGUAGUGUCUUACAGCAGUCUGAUUUCCGGUUUCGCGAAAUCGAAUCGAGAAUUUGAAGCUGCUGAGCUCUUCUUUAGGAUGAGAAGUUCAGGGGUUGAGCCCAAUGAAUACAGUUUCGUUGCUAUACUAACGGCCUGUAUGAGGGCUUCGAGAUUUGAAUUGGGUUGCCAAGUUCAUGCUCUGGGAAUCAAGAUGGGGUUCACGGACUAUGUCUUCGUUGCAAAUGCGUUGAUGGCAUUGUAUGGAAAGUCCGGCGGGUGUUUGGAUUCUGCAAUCCAACUGUUCGAAGAAAUGCCUGAGAGAGAUAUCACGUCGUGGAAUACAGUGAUUUCGAGUUUGGUAGAUGGGUCAUUGUACGAAAAAGCAUUGAAAUUUGGUCGUGAUUUGGUCAAGAUAGACGAGUUUAGAGUUGACGAACUCACCCUUUUGACUCUACUGACUGCCUGCACCGGCUGCCAUGCUGUCAAACAAGGUAAGGAGAUUCACGGCCACGCCACAAGACUCGGGUUAGCAACAAGUCUAAGUCUUUGCAACGCCAUGAUUGGAUUUUACAGCAAGUGUGGAACUAUAGAAAAUGCUUUGACUGUAUUUGACACGAUGCAAAUCAGAGAUGUUAUCACUUGGACGCAGUUGAUCAGCGCAUACAUGGAAUUUGGUCUCGUGGAUUCAGCCGUGAAGACUUUCGAGAAAAUGCCUGAGAGAAACGCCAUCUCUUACAACGCCAUUUUAGCAGGGUUUUCCCACAACUCCCAAGGGCUGAAUGCACUGAACUUCUUCACAAUGAUGGUGCGUAAUGGUGUAGAGCUCUCUGAUUUCAGUCUAACCAGCGUUAUCACUGCAUGUGGGCUGCUGGCUGAUCUGGAAACCAGCAGGCAAAUCCAUGGUUUCGUCACAAAGUUUGGUUAUGGUUCGAAUGCUCACAUCGAAGCGUCUUUGCUCGAUAUGUACACUAGGUGUGGAAGAAUGAGAGAUGCAGAGAUAUUGUACAGCACCCAGAACAAUCCCAUUGCUCUAACCUCGAUGAUGAGUGGGUAUGCUCGAAAUGGACAGCCAGACGAGGCGAUUUCUCACUUCCAUCGAAGUCUAUCAGAAGGCAAGCUAGCUAUGGACGAAGCGGCAUUGACCACAGCACUGGGAGUCUGUGGAGCUCUAGGCUUUCGGGAACUUGGGAAACAAAUCCAUUCUUUUGUCGUUAAAGCAGGCUUUGAAGCUGAUGUAGGCGUGGGGAACUCUUUGGUGAGCAUGUACUCCAAGUGCGGCGAAAUGGAUGAAGCGAUCAAAUCAUUCGAUGCAAUGUCUGCUCGUGAUGUAGUUUCUUGGAAUAGUUUGAUUGCAGGCCAUGUUCUUCACAGAGAAGGGGACAAAGCUCUGGCUCUCUGGUCAAGUAUGGAGAAAGCUGGGGUGAGACCAGAUUCCAUCACGUUCGUGCUACUCAUUUCAGCCUACAAACACACAUCCUCGGACUUGGUCGAUCACUGUCGUACAAUGUUUCUGUCGAUGAAGCCAACUUACGGAAUUGAGCCAGCAUCAGAGCAUUAUGCUUCCUUUGUUGGGGUGUUGGGAUCCUGGGGUUUCGUCGAAGAGGCAGAGGAAAUGAUUCUGGAGCUGCCAUUCGAGCCUGAUGUUUCGAUAUGGAGAGCUCUACUCGACAGCUGCAGGCUGCACGUGAACACAACCGUCGGAAGAAGGGUUGCCAAACGAAUCCUAGCAAUGGAGCCUCGAGAUCCAUCUACGUUCGUGCUCAUAUCGAAUCUAUACUCUGCAUCAGGAAGAUGGCAUUGCGCGGAAGCCACGAGGCAGGAAAUGCGAGAGAAGGGGAUGAUGAGGAAGCAACCAUGUAGGAGCUGGAUUAUCCACGAGAACGAGAUCCACUCUUUCUACGCACGAGACGUGUCCCACCCGCAAUCCAUGGACAUUUACAGAGGCCUGGAAGUGCUGAUACUGGAAUGCAUGAGGGCCGGGUACGAACCGGACACCAGCUUCGUCCUCCAGGAAGUGGAGGAGUACCAGAAGAAGGAGUUCUUGUUCUACCACAGCGCGAAGCUGGCGGCGACGUACGGCCUCCUGACGACGAGUCCAGGACAGGUCAUUCGGGUGGUGAAGAACGUCGUCGUCUGCGGCGACUGCCACAGCUUCUUGAAACACGUGUCGGCGGUGUCCGGGAGGGAGAUAUCGUUGAGGGAUGGUUCUGGAUUCCAUUUCUUCUCGGACGGGCAGUGCUCCUGCAGAGAUUACUGGUGACAAAAUGCUUGUGUUUUUUUGUUGUUCAAACUUCAGAUAGAAAUGUCAACGCCAUACUCUGUAGCAAUGUAAAUGACUAAUACGUGUGUGUGACUGAUGGCUGCGGUAUUCUAAGAUUUUGGAAGAUUGGAAUGGUAGACUAGGCCUAUUGUCGCCCUUCCUAUUGAUCCAUUAACGCUCUUUAUCUUGGGGCCGAUCUCUUUAUAGUAUAUCAAUGUACCAUUGAGUUUGCCACCG